GCACUGAGUCCGAAAACAAACACGGGGGAAAAGAGAGGCGGAGAUCAUAGGUUUUUGUUACGGCUUCAAAGGGUUCUUUUCCCAAGCAAGAUCCGUCUGAGUGUCACCACAGCUUGCCAUUCCACUCCAAGAAAUCCUGACCUAUUCCCUUUCCCCCCCUCUCUUUCUUCCAUGACCAUGUCCAUUUUUUAUCUGGUCAUUUGAUGGCUUCUCUUAUAUACUAAUUUUCCUCUGCAGUUUCUUUUUUGUACAAAGCUAGAAAACCCUAAUUGACAAUGGUCACUGCCACUGAUUCUUCCUCUAAUCAUCAUUCGCCGAUUAGUGCUGGGGAUGCCAAUAGCCCUAAGUUCCCGCGAAAAAGCCUGCCAUCUCCAUGGGUUCAAGUUGUACGAGGCGGUGAGUGCGAAUCUCAUCCAUCGCCGCCUUCAUCGUCUUCCUCUUCGUCAUCCCUCACAACCUCUGUGCCCGACCAACCACCAUUCUCUGAUUUUCCUCCGAAGGAGGCGGCUGCAUCGCAGUUGCCGGACAGCUCUAAUGUUGUUGGCGCAGAUAACCCUGACGCUCCUGACGCCAAUGCGGGUCGUUCUAAGAGGCCCGCUUGGAGCAAGCCUUCUAACGGCGUUGUCGAGGCUGGUCCUGUAAUGGGUGCUGUUUCUUGGCCAGCAUUAUCUAAAUCCACGAAGGUUUCGACCAAAAUAUCAGCCGACUCCACUUCCAAGACUGCCUUUGAUGGAUCACUCUCCAUUUCUCAGGGGUCUGGCACUUUACACUCCCCUCAAAAACAACCAACUAAUAAUGCAAAGCCUAACGCUACAACAAACUAUGCUGUGCCUCAUAGACAAAGGUCAAUGAAGCGUGGAGGUAGCAACAGCAUUGGGGUUGGUCAUGCUCAGAGCAGCUUUUCUAACCCUCCCCCACCCCCACCACCCCCGCCCUUUCCUGUAUUUCGUAUGCCAGCAAGUAGCUAUAGUAACGUGGUGCCAGGGGUUCCAGACCAUUCUCAAAGGGAAAUCCCUUAUAGGAACAGUAACUGGGAUACCAGACUACCAGUUGGGGGUUUUGUGCCUGCUGUAAAUGACCAUUGGAAUCCCCCCCGCAGGGGGAAUUUUGGGCCCCCUCAGCGUGGGGAUGGAUCCUACCAUAAUAACCAUGUGGGUAGGCGUGACCAGGAUCGUGGAAAUCAUGCAAACACUAGAGACGCUCAGGUACACCAACAGAGGAUGUCUCCUAGGGGAUUAGUGAGGCACCCACCUCCUAAUACUCCAGCAUUUGUUGCCCCUCCACCCAUGGGACCCUUUGCUAACUCCAUCGGUUUUCCAGAAUUUUAUUAUUUCCCAACUUUACCGCUAGAGCCAUUCAGGGGUAUGCCGUUUAUUACUCAUUCUCCUCCUCCUGCCAUGUGUCUCCCUGUUGCGGAACUUCCUCUGACAAAUAUGCUGGUGAACCAAAUUGAUUACUACUUUAGUGAUGCUAAUCUAGUGAAAGAUGAGUUUUUAAGAUCCAACAUGGAUGAACAGGGUUGGGUUCCAAUUACUUUGAUAGCAAGCUUCCGUCGGGUUAAAAGUUUGACAAACAACGUUCAGGUGAUACUGGAUUCAAUGAGAAAUUCUAAUGUUGUGGAAGUACAGGGUGACAAGUUGCGGAGGCGUAAUGAAUGGAUGAAGUGGCUGCCUUCAUCUCAGAUUCGAACUGAUUCUGGUUCAUUAUCUCCUGUCGGAUCAAGUUGCAAUAACGUAGCAGCUGAUUUUCAAAAGAUUGCUCUGGGCAAAGCUUCUACAGAUAAAGGUAAUUCAGACCCUGCAUCAGGGGCCCUAGAAGGAAGAUCUCCAACAGAUUCUUCCAGUCAACCUCAACUUCCAAACGGUGAUACCACGGGGAACACCAAUUAAGACUGUGCCUAAAUAAUAUAUUUGAGCCUAAAAUUAUUCAAGUUGAUUAUCCAGUAUCCAUACUGGGUGGUACCGUUGAUUUUUUUUUUUUUUUGGCCUAAUCUCAUUACAUUUUAUUCUUAUCUUGUGGGGAUGGGAAGAGAGGCUGUUUUGGAAGGUGAUUUUCUCUACAGUCGCUGAGCUCGAUUUUGGCAGUAAUUGAGUCAUGUAGGAGGUGAAAUAAGGAUUUACUCAUUAUUAUUACAUCUUAAGGUAAGGAAGGUUAACGAGACAUAAAACAAAUUCAGAAUUUUGAUGAGGCGGAUUUAAUGAAGUUACAGAUUUGUAUAGUUUAUUUUCUGCUUCGGAAGAUUUUCUCGUCUUGCGGUUCAUGGUUAGCCUUUGUUGGGGGAUAGACUCGUUGUAUCAGAGAGAAAUGAGGUGAGCGAAGCUGUAUUAAGGGAUUUCGGCUCUCCGAUGGGAUAAUUUGAGCCCUGCUGAACUGCCGAGUUUCAUGUACCCGCCUGAGGGUGACAGAUCCGAUUUGAUAGAUUUUCCCGUUAGUAACGAUCUCAAGGUCUAAUUAUAUUAUUUUUUUAGAUGAUUUCCUCAUUCGUUAUUUUUCCUGCAUUUCAAUGUAGAUAUUUUAUUGUGAGUGUAUUUGAUAGAUUUUCCAUCCCUCACCCCCAGUCAGUGUAUUUUACAUUUUUGUCCGACCUUAUCAUUUGGCGGUGGUGUUAAUUAUUAUAUUCUUCCAUUAUGAUAAAUGAUAAUCAGGAGAGGUUUCAGCUUUCAA